UUGUUAGUUUCGAAGAUGGGAAACAGUUUUACCUAGCGACGAAGGAAGCGUAUUCAUGGCCGACCAUGGCGACUCAGAUAACGAGAGAAAUAAGACAAAACGUGUAGUAAAUCAGCCAUAUGAUGAAACUCUUGAUGUAAACGAUGAAGAAGAAGUAGCAAGUACAUUUACACCAAGUCCAAGACCACAGAUAAAUCGUGGUGCAAUUUGCGGCUCGAUGACUGAUCAAAGUGAAGAUGAGUUCAAUCAUGAUGAUUUAGUAGAUAAUAAAACCAGUGAUAGUUUAGUCAGUGAUAAACAAGAUAAAGUAGUUCAACCAAAAGUUAAAACAACCAGUGAUGACGAAGAAGAAGAGCAAAGUGAUAGUUCUGAUGAAGGAGAGGAUGAGGAUGAACACAGAGGAACGUUGGAGGGAGCAUAUGAUCCUGUGGAUUAUGAACAUUUGCCAGUUGGAAAAGACAUAAAAGAACUAUUCCAGUAUAUUACCAGGUACACACCACAGACAAUUGAGUUGGAAUACAAGUUGAAACCAUUUAUUCCUGACUUUAUUCCUGCUGUGGGAGACAUUGAUGCAUUUUUGAAGGUCUCCAAGCCGGAUGACAAACCAGAAGCUUUAGGUCUUACAGUUUUGGAUGAACCCUGUGCCAAACAAUCAGAUCCAACUGUUUUAGGUUUGCAACUGAUUACAGUCUCCAAACAAUCCAGCAAAAAAUCAGUUGCUGUUAAAUCAUUGGUAGAUCCAGAAAAAAAUCCUAAAGCAAUAACAAACUGGAUUGAAAGCAUUAGAGAACUACAUCGACAGAAGCCUCCACCUACUGUUCAUUAUCAAAGGGACAUGCCUGAUAUUGAAAAUCUUAUGCAAGAAUGGCCUCCAGAGUUUGAAGAACUUUUAAAUCAGGUUGGUCUUCCCUCCGCUGAAUUAGAUGUUGAUCUUCCUCAGUACGUUGACCUCGUCUGUGGCCUGCUUGAUAUCCCAGUCCAAAAGAAUCGUAUCCAUUCACUACACGUUCUUUUUACUCUGUAUUCUGAAUUUAAAAACUCACAGCAUUUCAACCAGCUUGCCAAAGACAAUAAUUUAGAUAACGCGUUGAAAAAAAGUGAUUUUGAACUUGAAAGUAACGCUAAUAUCCUUGAUUGAUAAAAGCUCUAAUUGUGUACAUUAAAAAAAGUCACAUAUAUUUCUUAUUGUAUUAUUGUAUUGUAUGUAUGCAUGUAUGUAUGGUAUUCUAUUGUAUUAUUGUAAAAUGAUUCCAUGUUAUUGCGUCUUAUCUUGAAUCAUUGUUCAUUGACAUAUUAACACGAUUUAAAAAACAACUUUGUUAAUGGAUGUGCAUGGUGUAUUUUAUUGGAAUAAAUUAUUUCCCACAUAA